AUGAGCAAUGCAGCAUCCUACACCAAUGUCAAUGAAAUCAAGGUUGUUAAUGAACCUCAACGGAGAAUCAACCCAACAGCAACACCCGAAGAGUUCCCUGAAUUCCCAAGAGGUAUCGUUGGGAAUGACAGUUCCCCAAUGCUUGAUGAAAUCGCUUCAAUCGCAACAUCAGUUGAAGAUGAAGCAGUAUUCGACUAUACUGAAAUGACUAGUGACGAUCCAUUUGGUCUACCGGAAUAUGCUGAUGAAGCUAUCACUAUUGACGAGCCAACUAUUAAUGAUCGCACUUUCCGGCAUACCAUGGCUAAGCAGGCCAACUGCUUUAUGGUUACAUUAAAAGAAAUUGAGGUAGCUGGAACUUUGGUGAACGAUACGUUGAAGAUUGAAGGACAGUUGUCGAAUAUCAAACUGGACCAGCGACUUGCAAUUGUUCGACGUGAUAUCAACGAAUUGCUGAGAACUGGUGCAAAUGAUGUUCCAAGCUUAUCUGAUAUGCCACCUUACCUUGCUGCUACUUUCAAAUUGUUUUCUCCAGCUAACGAGAGGGUUUCCCAUGUUUCGAUUGAGAUCAAUCAACUGAGAGCCACACUUGACGACGAAAUCAUCACCCAUCUGGGAGCUUUCACCAAAGACGAUGUUAUCACUGAAAACCGUAUUCGCCUUGGAAUUCAUAUUCAUGAAUCCAAUGUCGCAAUUGUUGAUAGAAGAAAGAAGAAACCACUUCGUCUCCGAAUCAAAGCUCUCUCGAUUGAACAAGAAGAGGACUAA